AUGCCAGCUUUUAAAUAUCUUCUGCGCUGUCAUUUCUUCGGCAUUAAGGAAGAACAGAAUCUGCUUAGCCUGGUGGCCAGGAUCCUGCCCCAUCUUAGAAACCAGGCCAUGGAAGCUGUGUUUCUGACAACUGGAUGGAAGUCGCUGUGUUUUCAGGAUGUAGCUAUGUACUUCAUCAGAGAAGAGUGGAUUAAACUUGACUGGGCUCAAAAGGACCUCUACAGAGAUGUGAUGCUGGAGAAUUACAGAAACAUGAUUUUAUUGGGAUUUCAGAUUCCUAAACCUGAGGUGAUCUGUCUGCUGGAGCAGUGGGGAGACCCAUGGAUCCUGGAUCUACCAAGAGCUGGGAGUAGGAAGGCUUCCAGUAGUGCUUGCCCAGGUUCUGAAGCCAGAUACCAGAUGAUAAAGCUAACUCAAGCAGAAAAUUUAGAGUCAUGUAAGUUAUCAAUGGUAAAGCAGAAGACGGCCAUAACACCUACAGACAAGUUACAUAAAUUUAACAAAUUUGUGGACAUUUACAGAGUUGCACUCCCUGCUGUUGGUAAUGAAUGCAACCAGGACUUGCUUCAAAAUCUUAAUCUUUUGCAAGAUCAGAUUGCUGAAACAAGUAAGAAUCAGGGCAAAUGUGAUGAGUAUGGAAACCCCUUCAAUCAGAGAUCAUUGCUUUUGAGGCAUGAGCCAAUUCUUACAAAUGCAAAACUUUAUGAAUGCAGUGAAUGUGGAAGAGUCUUCAAGCGUCAGGCAAAUUUUGUUCGACAUCAGAGAAUUCACACUUCAGAGGAUCCUUUUGAAUGCGACAUAUGUGGGCAAGCCUUCAAACAGAAGUCUGCUCUUAAUGUCCAUAAACAAUGUCACCCUCAAGAAAAGCCAUAUAAAUGUCAUGAAUGUGGAAAAUAUUUUCGUCAGAUGGCCUAUCUUGUUGAACAUAAAAGGGUCCAUACCAAAGAAAAACCCUAUAAAUGUAGUGAAUGUGAAAGAACAUUUAGUCAGAAUUCAACCCUAAUUCAACAUCAGAUAAUCCACAGUGGAGAAAAACCCCAUAAAUGCUUUGAAUGUGGAAAAGCCUUUGUUCGGAAUUCAACCCUUAAGAGCCAUCAACAAAUUCACAGUAAACAGAACGCUCACAAAUGCAGUGAAUGUGAAGAAUCCUUUGGUCAGAAUAUAGAUCUCAUUCAGCAUCAAAGGACCCAUACUAAGGGGAAAUUAUUUGAAUGUAGAGAAUGUGGACAAACGUUUAGUUUUAAGUCAAAUCUUCGUCGACAUGAAGUCAUUCAUAAUGGAGAGAGACCCUAUAGAUGUGACAAAUGCGGGAAAUCUUUCAGUUGGCACACAAGCUUUAUUAAGCAUCAGGGUACUCACAGAGAGCAGGUAGCUACCUGA